AUGAACCGAUGGCUCUCUUUGAGCGAGCUCGUUGACAAGUGCAAUGGCUACUACAGAGCCCAGGCUUUGGCCACAGAUUACGAUCCGUUCAGGUGGAAUACCCGCGGUAUGAAUGGCCCAGUUGACAACGGUAACAGCAUCUGUGAUGACGCCUUCCUCGCUGGGAGAGCCAGUAGACUCUCCGUAUCCACGGUAGUCGAAGGUAAGACCAUGAGUGUUUGUGGGAUCAGCCGAAUAAAGGGAACGGUAGCUGUCAGGGCGCCAACCGCUGGCCAUUGUGCCGCUGGUGCCAUGGAAGUAGAGGACUAA